GGGUCAUCUGGUGCUGACGCGGUCCGGUACUCGUCCUGGGCAGAGUGCGUCUCUUCUGGUCUCAUCGGAUCUGAUUAGUUCCAGCUGUGGACAUCUGAACCCAGGGGGAAAAGAGCUCUUAAUGAGACCAGCUGAGCGGAUCCAGGUUCCCCAUGUGCUGCACUGAUAGAACUAACAGCAGGUUAACUGUGAGCUCGUAAAGGAGUGCCGUUCUGUCUGUAUUUAUGGCCGCUAUCACCUCCACCCCUGUCGGCCCCGGCUGCCGCUCCAGCCGCUCCGCCAGCCGCCGCAGCGCUGCCGGCCCGACUCCCUCCAGCACCAGCCCGACCUGCCUGUCCCGCAUCCAUGAGAAAGAUGAGCUCCGAUCCCUCAACGACCGCCUCGCCAACUACAUCCAGAUGGUCCAAGAGCUGGAAAGUGAGAGGUCCACCAUGCUCCAUCAGCUGGAGGACAAGGACCAGUCGAAUAGCCAGGAGAAGUGUAACCUGCGGCGGCUGUACGAGGAGGAGCUAGCCGAUGUGAGAAAGUCCCUGGACGGCCUGGCCGGAGAGAGGGCCCGGCUACAGAUCGACUACGGAAAUCUGUGCGAGAAAUACAGGAAUCUUCAAGCCAGGAACCAAAAGGACGAGAAUGAUCUGGCAAAUGCUAUAUCCCAGUGUAAGAGAUUUGAGGCUGCCUUAAGCUCCAAAGAUGCCGAGCACACUAAGCUGCUGUCUGACAACAGGAGACUCAAUGAAGACUUCUCUGACCUGCAGGAACAGCUGAAUCACGUAGAGAGCGUAUUGGACGACACAAAGAACCAGCUGAGCUCUGAGAUACUGAGGAGGGUUGACUCUGAGAACCAGGUGCAAACCCUGAAAGAACAACUUGAACUCCAGAGGAACAUCAGUGAGCAGGAGCUCUUUGAGGUCCGAAACAGACAUGAGAGCCGUCUGGUGGAGCUGGACUCGGGGAGAAGAAGAGAAUAUGAGAAUAAAGUAGCCGAGUUAAUGCAGCAGCUCCGACAGGACCAUGAGUCUCAGCUGGAGCAGUACAAAGAAGAGAUGGAUAGAAACUUCAGUUCAAAGUUACAGAAUGCCCAGCAGGCUGCAUCGGAGAAAAACAGAGCUGUAUCAGCCACCAAAGAGGAGCUUGAAACAGCCAAGUUAAGGGUUGAGACCCUCAGCUCCCAGCUCCAGCAGCACCAGAAAGAUAAAAUGCUGCUGGAAAGCCGCGUUCAGGACUUGGAGAGGACUUUUGACAGGGAGCGGGAAAUUUGGCAGCAAAAACUUGGUCAGAAAGAGCAGGAGCUGCUGAGCAUGAGAAGCCAGAUGCACUCCCAGCUGGAAGACUACGAGAACCUGCUGGAUGUCAAGUUGGCUCUGGACAUGGAGAUCAAUGCAUACAGAAAAAUGCUAGAGAUGGAGGAGCAGAGAUUGCAGAUGUCACCCAGCCCCUCCCAGCGCACGGCUUCACCUCGAACACAUGAACACAGUAGCCGCAAGAUCAGAGGGAAGAAGAGGAAACACGAAGGAGCCUCCAGUAGCUUGCCAGCCUAUAAAAUGUCCAGUCGUUCAGCAGAGCACGGAGCUGUUAGUGUGGCAGAGAUAGACACGGAAGGGAAAUACGUUAGACUGAAGAACAGCUCUGAAAUGGAGCAGCCACUGGGUGGCUGGGUGCUUCAGAGGAUCUGCCAAGACUCUGAGGACAUCUCCUUCAACUUCCCUUUGUCCUGCACUCUGGCUUGUGGGGAGACGCUCACAAUCUGGGCAGAAGGUGUAGGUGCAGCAACUGCAUCUAGAGACCUGGUUUUGCUGGGCCAUAAGAGCUGGGGUCCCAUCACUGAUGUCAGGGUGAUCCUUCUGAACCCCAACCGUGAGGAAGUAGCCGAACGCAGGGUGUAUGUGCAGAGCAGAGGUGACGAUGAAACUGAACAAGAGUUUGAAGAGUUUGCCGUAGGGAGUGACAGCCCGCGCUUUCACAGACAGGAUCUCUCUAAGGAGGAGAGCUGUGCUGUCAUGUGAAUACAAAAUCUGCUGCUUACAUUAUGCUUUUAUCUAACUGUUAAAAAAUAUUUCAUAAUAAAGUUAUUCUACUGUUCAGUCAGAA